UAAAAAAAAAAGCAACAGACAAUGCGUUGCAAACAAAACAGAGGAGAGGGGAGGGAAGUAGAAGAAGAAAGACAGGGCACUGAAAGCAAUGAAUUCUGCAAAUUCACCAUUGGUUCUUCCAUUCCUCUUCUUCCUCGUCACCUCUUUCUUCCAUGAUCCUCCCUUUCGCGCCUCAGCGCAGAAAACGGAUUGGAUCAACAAAGAGAAUCAAAAUGGGAAUGAGUUUGGGGAGCGAAGAGGUAGAGUUCUUAUGAGCUUCAAAGAAAAGCCCUCAGGAAGUAACGUUACCUUUGAAUGCACUCCUUCUGGUCCCUGCGUUCCAUGCCUCUACUCCGAAAAGGGUGAUGAGAAAUAUCGUUGCGGUGAAACUGGCUACCGUAUUCCAUUCAAAUGCUUAGAAAUCAAAGACACAACUAAGGGAAAAGAGAAAAUAAAUCCCCGUGAAGGUCGGUCUUUGUUUGAAUUCUCCAACAAUAUCGAAAUGUCAGACGAACUGUCACAUGCUUCUGGAGAGUUUACUACUACGCAAUCACAUAGACAUUUGCUAGAUGAUUCGUCGGCUUCAGAUAAUAAAUCACAGGCUUACAUCACUUAUAGAAGCUGUAUACCCCCAGCUAGUGGAGAGAAGUUGUCAGUUCUAAAUUUUGAGGCGAUCAUGCUUUUUUUAUUGGCCAUUAGUGGAUCAUUCAUAUACCUGAGAAAGAAGAAGGCGGUUUCUGUUUCUGGCUAUACAGCUGUAAGGUCUCAAACAAACUCGCGCUUUUGAAAUAGACAACUUCUGUAUCAUGAUUCAUGAGAUUUCUUCCCCACUGAAUCUUGUUAUUUUUUGCUCAUUUUUCUAGUCAAAAUGUAUGAUAUUAUUAUUGAUAUAGGCUAAAUGUUUGGAUUUAGCAGCAACCAAAUAUAUUCAUUGUAUUUUGUAGCUAUUCAAUGUGGUACAGUUUUAGGUUCUGUUUCUUUUUUUUUAUUAAAUGGGCAUCUUUGCCUGUUGCCACUAUAGUCGAAGACUCAAAUGUCAUUGAAAGUUCCUAAAUAUUCUAUUAUUGCUAAAUAUUUUGAUUCA